GGCUGAAACUUGAGCGGGCUGGAGCCAGAUUGGCUGUGCUAGCCACAUGAGUAAUUAGGAGCUGAUGCACCAGCCUUGCUCUCACCCAGUGCUGCUCAGGAGGGAAGACUGGAGAGGCUUUGCUCCUAAGGAUAUUUACUAGAUGUUGCUGGUCUGAAGAAAUAGAGAGAAAAAAGCCACAAGAACUAAAAAAAAAAAAAAAUCCCAGAGCAUCUGUAUAGGCUAAUGCUGGGAAGACAGAAAUUGCCUCCUUAACCUAAGUGAGUUGGGGAGAGACAGAAGAAUACCCUCAAAAUGGAGGAAGAAGAAUAUGAAGAAGUUGUGGAGUACUACAUUGAAGAGACAGUUAUUGAGGAGGGUGAACCACAUGAGGUGGUCACUGAGAUCAUUGAGACCAUUAGCACAGACUUCACAGGUCCUAAAACUACCACCACCUAUACUGUUGAGCGUGAAAAACCUUCUGUUGAGGAUGCAGCACCUCCAGUCAGAAAGAAGACAAUACGAACAAAAGUGGACCCAUCUAAGUUUUUGACGCCUUAUCUGCAACAUAGUAAUAAAAUGAAGGACCUAUUCAGUGAGAACAAGUACAAAGAAAAAUUUAGAAAAGAAAAAGGAAAGCCAUAUGCUUCCACAAUUGAUACCCCAGAAAUUCGGAGAAUCAAGAAAGUGCAAGACCAGCUCAGUGAGGUUAAAUACCGCAUGGCUGGUGAAGUUGCCAGAACUAUUUGCCACGUUGAUGAAAAGGCCAAGGAUAUAGAACAUGCAAAGAAGGUGUCACAGCAAGUGAGCAAGGUGUUAUAUAAACAGAACUGGGAGGAGAAUAAGGACAAGUACCUGCUUCCCCCUGAUGCUCCAGAGCUUGUGAAUGCAAUAAAAAACACAGCAAUGUUCAGUAAGAAACUCUAUACCGAAGACUGGGAAGGAGACAAAACAUUAUUCUAUCCAUACAAUGACAGUCCAGAGCUCAGAAGGGUUGCACAGGCUCAAAAGACUCUGAGUGAUAUUGUCUACAAAAAAGGGCACGAUGAACGAAAAUCUAAAUAUACUUCUCUGCCAGAUCCACCUGAUGUGGUACAAGCCAAGAAAGUGACAAGGCAGCUGAGUGAUAUUAUUUACCACGAGGACUAUAAAAACAAGAUCAAAGGCAAGUGGAGUCAAACUCCAUGCUAUGAUGUUGCAAUUGCGAAAAUGAAUGCAGAAAAUAUAAGUAUGAGAAAAUACCAGGAAGACUUUGAAAACAUGAAAGACCAAAUCUACUUUAUGCAGACUGAAACUCCAGAAUAUGAAGCUAAUAAGCGAGUUUCAAAUAAUGUCAGUAAGACAAAAUACAGAGCAGACUAUGAAAAGAACAAAGCUAUUGCAGAUUAUAAUGUGCUUCCUGCUACAGAGAACCCAUUGCUGAGGCAAUUAAAAGCUGCAGGAAAUGUGCUGAGUGAUAAAUUAUACAAAGAAGCCUAUGAACUAUCAAAAGGAACCAGCAUGAAUUACUGUGACACACCAAAGUUCCAGACUGAUACUGUUCUGAAGAAGUUUAGUGAUGUAAAGUAUAAAGAUGCAUAUCAAAAGAAUAUUUUAGGACACUAUUUGGGCAGCUUUGAGGAUCCACAUUAUACACACUGCAUGGAAGUUGAAGCUAUGAAGAGUGAUAAAAAUUACAAAGCAGAUUAUGAGGAGGAAAAGACAAAAUGCUACUUCCCUCAGACCAUAACUCAGGAGUACGAAGCUAUUAAGAAGUUAGAGCAGUGUAAAGAUCACACCUACAAAAAGCAUCCUGAUCAAACCAAAUUUACUCAAGUGACUGACUCUCCGGUACAGAAGCAAGCAGAGAUCAAUAGCAAACAGCUGAGUGAUAUAACGUAUAAAUCCAAAGGUGAAGAAAUUAUUCACAAGUACCACCUCCCUCCAGAUAUGCCCCAGUUUAUACAGGCUAAAGUUAAUGCCUACAAUGUUAGUGAUAACUGUUACAAAGUGGGAUUGGAGGAAUUAAAAUCAAGGGGAUAUGAUCUAAAAAGUGAUGCUAUUCCUAUCCGAGCUGCCAAGGCUGCUAGGCAGGCUGCCAGUGAUGUUAACUAUAAACAAGCCUAUGAACUUGCCAAGGGUAAACUCAUUGGCUUCAAGAGCCUCCAAGAUGAUCCCAAACUCGUUCAUUAUAUGAAGGUAGCCAAGAUGCAGUCUGAACGAGAGUACAAGAAAGAUUAUGAGAAAACAAAAACUAAGUACAAUGUUCCACUGGAUAUGGUCAAUGUGGUCGGUGCCAAGAAGGCUCAAGAGAUUGCCAGCAACACUAAUUACAAGAACCUCCUACACCACUAUACUUAUUUACCAGAUGCAAUGAAUGUGGAGCUGACCAAAAAUAUGAUGGAGAUUCAGAGUGAUAAUGCGUACAAAGCAGAUUAUAAUAACUGGAUGAAAGGCAUUGGUUGGAUCCCCAUUGGCUCCCUAGAAGUAGAAAAGGCUAAAAAAGCUGGAGAUGCCUUGAAUGAAAAGAAGUAUCGUCAGCAUCCAGACACCAUUAAAUUUACAAGUGUGGUGGACUCUCCGGUAAUGGUCCAAGCCAAACAGAAUUCAGCUCAACUCAAUGAGAAACUAUACAGAUCUUCUGGAGAGGAAGUUAAACAUAAAUAUACUCUUACCCCAGAUGUCCCACAGUUUAUCCAAGCUAGAUACAAUGCAGCUAACGUCAGUGAUGCAUAUUAUAAACAAGGCUACCAUGAUCUAAUAGCUAAAGGGAACAAUGUGUCACUUGAUGCUAUUCCAAUUACUCUAGCCAAGGCUUCAAGAAACAUUGCUAGUGAUUAUAAAUAUAAAGAAGCAUAUGAAAAGGCUAAAGGGAAACAGGUUGGUUUCAGAAGCCUGCAAGAUGACCCUAAGCUUGUCCACUACAUGAAUGCAGCAAAGAUUCAGUCUGAGCGUGAGUACAAGAAAGACUAUGAGAAGACCAAGACUAACUAUCAUACACCUCCUGACAUGUACAGUAUCCAGGCUGCUAAACAGUCUCAGGAUGUAGCUUCUAAUGCCCACUACAAAAAUCUGAUCCAUCACUACACGUACCUGCCAGAUGCCAUGGAUGUUGAGCUUGCAAAGAACAUGAUGCAAAUUCAGAGUGAUAAUGCAUACAAACAAGAGUAUAACAGCUGGUUCAAGGGUAUUGGAUGGAGUCCUCUCGGUUCUUUGGAUGUUGAAAAAGCUAAAAAGGCUGGAGAUGCAUUAAAUGAAAAGAAAUACCGUCAGCACCCAGACACCAUCAAAUUUACAAGCAUACCAGAUUCAAUACCAAUGGUUUUAGCUCAGCACAACACCAAGCAACUGAGUGAUGUAACAUAUAAGCAAGAGGGUGAAAAAGUCAAACACAAAUACACCCUGGAUCCUGACGUUCCUCAGUUUAUUCAAGCCAGGGUCAACGCCUUCAAUUUGAGUGAUGCUAACUACAAAGCAGACUGGAAAAAAACCAUUGCCAAAGGAUAUGAUCUGAAACCAGAUGCUAUUCCUAUUAUUGCUGCUAAAGCUUCUCGAAAUAUUGCAAGUGAUUACAAGUACAAGGAAUCAUAUGAGAAAGAUAAAGGCAAACAGGUUGGAUACCGUAGCCUGCAGGAUGAUCCUAAACUUGUUCAUUACAUGAAUGUGGCCAAAAUGCAAUCAGAUCGUGAAUACAAGAAAGACUACGAAGUCACCAAGACCAAAUAUCAUACUCCUUUGGAUAUGUUCAGCGUGACAGCUGCCAAGAAAGCCCAGGAAGCAGUUACAAACGCUGGCUAUAAACAGCCAAUUCACAGUUAUACACUCUUGCCUGAUUCUGUGAGUCUGGAGCUAUCAAGAAAUGUGAUGCAGCUUCAGAGUGAUAAUGUGUACAAAGCAGACUUUAAUAACUGGUUGAGAGGAGUUGGCUGGAUACCAAUUCAGUCACUGGAUGUAGAAAAGGCCAAAAAAGCUACAGAGAUUCUCAGUGAAAAGAAUUAUCGCCAGCACCCAGACAAGCUGAAGUAUUCUAUUACAAUGGAUGCAAUGGAACAAGUGCUAGCUAAGCAAAAUGCCAAGACCAUGAAUAAGAGGCUCUACACCGAUAAAUGGAACAAAGAGAAGACCAGCAUUCAUGUUAUGCCAGAUACUCCAGAAAUUCUGCAGUCUAGAGUGAACCAGAUCACAAUGAGUAAUAAACUAUACAAAGCUGGAUGGGAGGAAGACAAGAAGAAAGGUUAUGACAUGCAGCCAGAUGCUAUUCCAAUAAAAGCAGCCAAAGCCUCCAGAGACAUUGCAAGUGAUUAUAAAUACAAACUAGCCUACGAAAAAGAGAAAGGAAAGCAUAUUGGGUUCCGCAGCCUUGAAGACGACCCCAAGCUGGUGCACUUCAUGCAGGUGGCUAAAAUGCAAUCUGACCGUGAAUACAAAAAAGAUUAUGAGAAGUCAAAGACUAAUUUCCAUACUCCAGUUGACAUGGUCAGUGUUGUGGCAGCCAAGAAAGCACAGGAAGCGGCUACAAAUACAAACUACAAAAACUUGAUCCAUACCUACAAUGUUUUGCCUGAUGCUAUGAGUCUUGAAUUGGCCAAAACCAUGAUGCAGAUCCAAAGUGAUAAUCAAUACAGAGCAGAAUAUGAUGAAAGUAUGAAGGGUGUUGGAUGGAUGCCACUGGGCUCCCUGGAAGCUGAGAAGAACAAAAAAGCGAUGGAAAUUGUUAGUGAAAAGAAGUAUCGCCAGCAUCCAGACAAGUUGAACUAUUCUGUUCCUAUGGAUUCCAUGAACAUGGUCUUAGCUUUAAAUAAUGCUAAAAUGAUGGAUGAGCAUAAGUACAAACAAGCAUGGGAAGAAGACAAAAAGAAAGUUCACAUCACACCAGAUAUUCCACAGAUUGCUUUAGCAAAAGUUAAUGCAUUUAAUUUAAGUGAUAAAAUGUACAGACUUUCAUUUGAAGAAUCUAGGAAGAAAGGGUAUGAUCUCAGAGCUGAUGCUAUCCCUAUUAAAGCUGCCAAAGCUUCUAGGGAUAUUGCUAGUGAUUACAAAUACAAAUUAGGUUAUGAACAAGACAAGGGAAAACUUGUAGGCUUCCGCAGCCUUCAGGAUGAUCCCAAACUUGUCCAUUAUAUGCAAGUGGCUAAGAUGCAGUCUGAUCGUGAAUACAAGAAAGCUUAUGAGAUGAGCAAGACACAUUACCAAACGCCUUCUGAUACACUCAGCAUUGUGGCAGCUAAGGAGGCACAAGAUCGUGUAACCAAUACUAACUACAAACGACUGAUUCACAACUAUAUGCUUCUGCCAGAUGCAAUGAGUUUAGAACUGUACAGAAACAUGAAUCAGAUACAAAGUGACAAUGAGUACAAGCAGGAUUACAAUGAGUGGUUCAAGGGUGUUGGUUGGAGUCCUGCUGGUUCUCUGGAUGUGGAGAAAUCUAGGAAAGCCACAGAAAUUGCAAGUGAUCGGAAUUACCGCCAGCACCCCAGCAUGUUCCCCUUUACAAAACAGAAUGAUGCCAUGGACAUGGUCCUUGCAAAGCAGAAUGCAAAUAUAAUGAACAAACAUGCUUAUACUCAAGCUUGGGAGAAGGAUAAAAUUCAAGUUCAUGUGAUGCCAGAUACACCAGAUAUUCUACAAGCAAAACAGAACAAGGCGAACUACAGUCAGAAACUAUACAAGCUUGGCUGGGAGGAAAUGAUAAAGAAAGGCUAUGACCUCACACCUGAAGCCAUUUCAGUCAAAGCUGCCAAAGCUUCAAGGGACAUUGCAAGUGACUACAAGUACAAAGAAGGUUACCGCAAGCAGCAGGGACAUCACAUUGGAUUCCGCAGCUUACAAGAUGAUCCUAAGAUGAUGUGGUCUAUGCAAGUAGCUAAGAUGCAGAGUGAGAGGGAGUACAAGAAAGAUUUUGAAAAGUGGAAGACAAAGUUUAAUAUGCCCGUGGAUAUGUUAGGCUUCCUUCUGGCUAAGAAAUGUCAGGAACUGGUUAGUGAUAUAGACUACAAACAGAUGCUACACCGCUGGACUUGUCUGCCAGACCAGAAUGAUGUCACCCAGGCAAAGAGGGUCUACGAACUACAGAGUGAUAAUGUGUAUAAGUCAGAUCUACAAUGGCUCAGAGGCCUUGGAUGGAGUCCUUUGGGAUCUUUGGAAUCUGAAAAGAACAAGAAAGCUUCUGAAAUACUGAGUGAAAAGAAGUACCGGCAGCACCCAGACACUAUUAAGUUCACAAGUAUCCCAGAUGCCAUGGAUAUCAUUUUAGCAAAAUCUAAUGCCAAAAAUAGAAGUGAUAUACUGUAUAGAGAAGCUUGGGACAAGGACAAGACUCAGGUUCACAUCAUGCCUGAUACUCCUGAAAUUUUGCUGGCUAAAUCAAACUUAAUUAACACAAGUGAUAAACAUUACAAAUUAGGAUAUGAAGAGCUGAAGAGGAAAGGCUACGAUCUUCCUCCUGAUGCUAUACCCCUCAAGUCAGCAAAGGCAUCCAGAGACAUAGCUAGUGAAUACCAAUACAAAACUGCGUACCGAAAGCAGCUUGGCCACCACAUAGGGGCCCGUAACAUAGAGGAUGAUCCGAAGAUGGUGUGGUCGAUGCACGUGGCCAAGAUCCAGAGUGACAGGGAGUACAAGAAAGCCUUUGAGAAGACGAAGACACACUUCAGUAGCCCAGUGGACAUGCUGGGAAUCGUGUUGGCCAAGAAAUGUCAGGAGUUGGUCAGCGACAUUGAUUACAAGCACCCUCUGCAUCGGUGGACCUGUCUGCCGGACCAGAACGAUGUUGUACAAGCCAGGAAAGUGUACGACCUGCAGAGUGAUAAUGUGUACAAGUCCGACCUUCUGUGGCUGAGGGGCAUUGGCUGGUCCCCAAGUGGUUCGCUGGACGAUGAGAAGAAUAAGAGGGCGGGCCUCAUCCUGAGUGACAAGGGGUAUCGGCAACACCCGGACACCAUCAAAUUCACGAGCAUUCCUGACUCGAUGCCUAUGGUGCUGGCAAAGCACAACUCUGAAAUUAUGAACCAACGCUCGUACACAUCAGCCUGGGAGAAAGAUAAAACCAGCGUUCACAUUAUGCCGGAUACACCUGGUAUUUUGCUAGCCCAGCAGAACCAAAUGAACUUCAGUGAGAAACUGUACAAGCUUGCGAUGGAGGAAGAGAAGAAAAAGGGCUACGACAUGCGGGCAGAUGCCAUUCCUAUCAAGUCUGCUAAAGCUUCCAGAGACAUUGCAAGUGAUUACAAAUACAAAGAAGGCUAUCGCAAGCAGCUUGGCCACCACAUAGGGGCCCGUAACAUAGAGGAUGAUCCGAAGAUGGUGUGGUCGAUGCACGUGGCCAAGAUCCAGAGUGACAGGGAGUACAAGAAAGCCUUUGAGAAGACGAAGACACACUUCAGUAGCCCAGUGGACAUGCUGGGAAUCGUGUUGGCCAAGAAAUGUCAGGAGUUGGUCAGCGACAUUGAUUACAAGCACCCUCUGCAUCGGUGGACCUGUCUGCCGGACCAGAACGAUGUUGUACAAGCCAGGAAAGUGUACGACCUGCAGAGUGAUAAUGUGUACAAGUCCGACCUUCUGUGGCUGAGGGGCAUUGGCUGGUCCCCAAGUGGUUCGCUGGACGAUGAGAAGAAUAAGAGGGCGGGCCUCAUCCUGAGUGACAAGGGGUAUCGGCAACACCCGGACACCAUCAAAUUCACGAGCAUUCCUGACUCGAUGCCUAUGGUGCUGGCAAAGCACAACUCUGAAAUUAUGAACCAACGCUCGUACACAUCAGCCUGGGAGAAAGAUAAAACCAGCGUUCACAUUAUGCCGGAUACACCUGGUAUUUUGCUAGCCCAGCAGAACCAAAUGAACUUCAGUGAGAAACUGUACAAGCUUGCGAUGGAGGAAGAGAAGAAAAAGGGCUACGACAUGCGGGCAGAUGCCAUUCCUAUCAAGUCUGCUAAAGCUUCCAGAGACAUUGCAAGUGAUUACAAAUACAAAGAAGGCUAUCGCAAGCAGCUUGGCCACCACAUAGGGGCCCGUAACAUAGAGGAUGAUCCGAAGAUGGUGUGGUCGAUGCACGUGGCCAAGAUCCAGAGUGACAGGGAGUACAAGAAAGCCUUUGAGAAGACGAAGACACACUUCAGUAGCCCAGUGGACAUGCUGGGAAUCGUGUUGGCCAAGAAAUGUCAGGAGUUGGUCAGCGACAUUGAUUACAAGCACCCUCUGCAUCGGUGGACCUGUCUGCCGGACCAGAACGAUGUUGUACAAGCCAGGAAAGUGUACGACCUGCAGAGUGAUAAUGUGUACAAGUCCGACCUUCUGUGGCUGAGGGGCAUUGGCUGGUCCCCAAGUGGUUCGCUGGACGAUGAGAAGAAUAAGAGGGCGGGCCUCAUCCUGAGUGACAAGGGGUAUCGGCAACACCCGGACACCAUCAAAUUCACGAGCAUUCCUGACUCGAUGCCUAUGGUGCUGGCAAAGCACAACUCUGAAAUUAUGAACCAACGCUCGUACACAUCAGCCUGGGAGAAAGAUAAAACCAGCGUUCACAUUAUGCCGGAUACACCUGGUAUUUUGCUAGCCCAGCAGAACCAAAUGAACUUCAGUGAGAAACUGUACAAGCUUGCGAUGGAGGAAGAGAAGAAAAAGGGCUACGACAUGCGGGCAGAUGCCAUUCCUAUCAAGUCUGCUAAAGCUUCCAGAGACAUUGCAAGUGAUUACAAGUAUAAGGAAGGCUAUCGCAAGCAGCUUGGCCACCACAUAGGGGCCCGUAACGUAGAGGAUGAUCCGAAGAUGGUGUGGUCGAUGCACGUGGCCAAGAUCCAGAGUGACAGGGAGUACAAGAAAGCCUUUGAGAAGACGAAGACACACUUCAGUAGCCCAGUGGACAUGCUGGGAAUCGUGUUGGCCAAGAAAUGUCAGGAGUUGGUCAGCGAUAUUGAUUACCGUCACUAUCUACAUGAAUGGACUUGCCUGCCAGACCAGAAUGAUGUUAUCCAUGCUAAGAAGGCCUAUGAUCUACAGAGUGAUAACUGCUACAAGUCUGACCUUGAAUGGUUGCGGGGCACUGGUUGGGUCCCAAUUGGUUCCUUGGAUGUUGAAAAAGCCAAGAAGGCAGGAGAGAUCUUAAGCGAGAAAAUAUACCGUCAGCCUCCAGACACAAUCAAAUUUACUAGCGUCACUGAUUCUCCAGAGAUGGUCUUAGCCAAGCAGAAUGCAGAGACAAUGAAUAAGCAUUUAUAUACUGAGGCUUGGGAUAAUGACAAGACACAAAUCCACAUAAUGCCUGACACACCUGAAAUUACACUGGCAAAACAGAACAUGCAAAACUACAGUAUGAACCUCUACAAACAGGCCAUGGAAGAAGCAAAAAAGAAAGGCUAUGAUUUGAGAAGUGAUGCUAUCCCCAUUCAAGCUGCCAAAGCAUCCAGGCAAAUUGCCAGUGAUUACAAAUACAAAGAAGGCUAUCGCAAGCAGCUUGGCCACCACAUAGGGGCCCGUAACAUAGAGGAUGAUCCGAAGAUGAUGUGGUCGAUGCACGUGGCCAAGAUCCAGAGUGACAGGGAGUACAAGAAAGCCUUUGAGAAGACAAAGACAAACUUCAGUAGCCCAGUGGACAUGCUGGGAAUCGUGUUGGCCAAGAAAUGUCAAGGGUUGGUCAGCGAUAUUGAUUACCGCCACUAUCUGCAUCAGUGGAUCUGUCUGCCAGACCAGAAUGAUGUUAUCCAUGCUAAGAAGGCCUAUGAUCUACAGAGUGAUAACUGCUACAAGUCUGACCUUGAAUGGUUGCGGGGCACUGGUUGGGUCCCAAUUGGUUCCUUGGAUGUUGAAAAAGCCAAGAAGGCAGGAGAGAUCUUAAGCGAGAAAAUAUACCGUCAGCCUCCAGACACAAUCAAAUUUACUAGCGUCACUGAUUCUCCAGAGAUGGUCUUAGCCAAGCAGAAUGCAGAGACAAUGAAUAAGCAUUUGUACACUGAAGCAUGGAAUAAAGAUAAGGCCAUGGUUCAUGUCAUGCCUGACACACCAGAAAUCCUGCUAGCUAAACAAAACCAAUUAAACUACAGUCAGAAAAGGUACAGACUAGCUUUGGAGGAAUCAAAGAAGAAGGGUCAUGAUUUGCGUUUUGAUGCCAUUCCUAUUCAAGCUGCCAGAGCAUCCAGAGAGAUUGCCAGUGAUUACAAAUACAAAGAAGGCUAUCGCAAGCAGCUUGGCCACCACAUAGGGGCCCGUAACAUAGAGGAUGAUCCGAAGAUGAUGUGGUCGAUGCACGUGGCCAAGAUCCAGAGUGACAGGGAGUACAAGAAAGCCUUUGAGAAGACAAAGACAAACUUCAGUAGCCCAGUGGACAUGCUGGGAAUCGUGUUGGCCAAGAAAUGUCAAGGGUUGGUCAGCGAUAUUGAUUACCGCCACUAUCUGCAUCAGUGGAUCUGUCUGCCAGACCAGAAUGAUGUUAUCCAUGCUAAGAAGGCCUAUGAUCUACAGAGUGAUGCUGUUUACAAAUCAGAUCUGGAAUGGCUAAGAGGUAUUGGAUGGGUUCCUAUUGGUUCCAUGGAAGUUGAGAAAGCCAAGAAAGCUGGAGAAAUCCUGAGUGAAAGGAAGUAUCGUCAACCAGCAGACCAAAUUAAAUUUACUAGUGUGACAGAUUCUUUGGCCAUGGUCUUAGCCAAGCAAAAUGCUGAGAUAAUGAACAAGCGUUUAUACACAGAAGCCUGGGAUGCAGACAAAACAUCAAUUCACGUCAUGCCUGACACGCCGACAAUUUUGUUAGCGAAGGCCAAUGCAGCUAAUGUUAGCCAUAAACUUUAUAUACAAGCCUGGGAGGAGGCCAAAAAGAAGGGUUAUGACAUCAGAGCUGAUGCAAUUCCAAUCCGAAGUGCAAAGGCAUCAAGGGAUAUUGCGAGUGAUUACAAGUACAAAGAAACGCACGAGAAGCAGAAAGGCCACUACAUUGGGUGCCAGACUGCCCAGGAGGAUCCCAAGCUGUCGUGGGCUGCGCGUGCCAUGUUGCUGCAGAACGACCGACUUUACAGGAAGGCGUACCAUGAUUCAAAGGCCCAGGUCCACAUACCAGUCGACGCGAUGUCAGUGCAGGCAGCCAAGGAGUGCCAGACGCUAGUCAGUGAUGUUGACUACCGCCACUACCUUCACCAGUGGACCUGUCUGCCCGACCAGAAUGACGUGAUCCAUGCAAGGAAGGCCUACGAUCUACAGAGCGAUAAUGUGUACAAGUCAGACCUGGAAUGGUUGCGAGGCGUCGGCUGGUUGACAGAAGGUUCUGUGGAUGUGGUGAAAGCAAAGAAAGCCCAGGAACUCCUGAAUGAGAGGUUGUACCGCACGCGGCCGGAGGAGAUGAAAUUCACUAGCAUUACUGACACGCCAGACGUUGUCCAGGCUAAGAUCAAUGCUUUGCAGAUCAGUGACCAUCUGUAUCGUGAAGCCUGGGAUAGAGAUAAGACGCAGAUUUCCAUACCUUCUGAUACUCCUGUAAUGCUGCAGUCCAAAGCCAAUGCUCUCAACAUCAGCAAUAAACAUUAUCAGAAGGCCUGGGAUGAGGCCAAGGCGAAAAGCUAUGACAUAAGAGCUGAUGCCAUUCCCAUCAAACACGCCAAGGCUUCCAGAGACAUUGCUAGUGAGUACAAGUACAAAGAAACGCACGAGAAGCAGAAAGGCCACUACAUUGGGUGCCAGACUGCCCAGGAGGAUCCCAAGCUGUCGUGGGCUGCGCGUGCCAUGUUGCUGCAGAACGACCGACUUUACAGGAAGGCGUACCAUGAUUCAAAGGCCCAGGUCCACAUACCAGUCGACGCGAUGUCAGUGCAGGCAGCCAAGGAGUGCCAGACGCUAGUCAGUGAUGUUGACUACCGCCACUACCUUCACCAGUGGACCUGUCUGCCCGACCAGAAUGACGUGAUCCAUGCAAGGAAGGCCUACGAUCUACAGAGCGAUGCUGUCUAUAAGUCAGACCUAGAAUGGCUCCGUGGAAUUGGCUGGUUGCCUAAUGACUCUCCGGAUGUUAAGAGAGUGAAGCAUGCCCAGGAACUCCUGAGUGAUAAUGUGUAUCGUACACCUAUUGAAAGCCUGAAAUACACCAGUAUUGUUGAUUCUCCAGACGUUCUUCUAGCUAAAGUGCAUGCCGAACAAGUCAGCAUUCCAAAAUACAAAGAAGCCUGGGAAAAGGACAAGACUAUGAUCCAUAUUACGCCAGACACACCUGAAAUCAACCUAGCCAAGACUAAUGCUGUUAAUUAUAGCCAGAAACUGUAUAAAGAAGCUUGGGAUGAGUUGAAGAUGAGUUGCGAUUUGAGAGCAGAUGCAAUCCCAAUCAAGGCAGCCAAAGCUUCUAGAGAAAUUGCUAGUGAUUAUAAAUACAAACUGGAUCACGAGAAGCAGAAAGGACAUUAUGUUGGAGUUCCAAAUGCAAAAGCAGAUUCAAAAAUGCAGUUUGCCCUCGGCAUAGGCAAAGUUCAGAGUGAACUAGAAUACAAGAAACACUUUGCCAAAUGGAAGACACAGUGCCAUCUACCAGUAGACAUGCUAUCUAUCCUAUCAGCUAAACAUGGUCAGUCUUUGGUCAGUGAUGUUGAUUACCGUCAUUACUUGCAUCAGUGGAUCUGUCUUCCAGAUCAGAAUGAUGUCAUACAGGCUAGAAAAGCCUACGAUCUUCAGAGUGAUGCUAUUUACAAAUCUGAUUUAGAAUGGCUACGGGGAAUUGGAUGGUUGCCAAAUGAUUCAGUUGGGAUCAACCACGUCAAAUAUGCUGGAGAUCUCUUGAGUGAGAAAAAGUACCGUACAAAAGCCGAAACUCUUCCAUUUACUCCAGUGGCGGACAGAGUUGAUUAUAUCACAGCAAAGAAUAGUGGUGAAAUUCUUAGUGAUGUUAAAUACCACAAAGCAUGGAAUGAGGUCAAGUCAAAUUAUACUCUAACAGAUACACCACAGCUAGAUAUGGCCCGAGAGGCAGCCAGAAUUCUUAAUCAGAAUUUAUACAAGGAAAGUUGGGAGAAAGAAAAAGCCACUGGUUACCUCUUACCUCCUGACACUGUGCAGAUCUGUCAUGCCAAACACUCAAAUGAUGUCCAAAGUGAGCUUAAAUACAAAGCUGACUACGUCAAACAAAGAGGUCACUAUGUUGGAGUUGCCAGUAUGAGAGAUGAUCCAAAACUGGUGUGGUUUGAGCACGCAGGCGAGAUCCAGAAUGACAGAUUGUACAAAUCAGACUAUCACAAAACAAAGUCCAAAAUUCACAUCCCUCCGGAUAUGGUGUCAGUUGUAGCAGCAAAGGAAUGUCAGACCUUGGUCAGUGAUAUUGACUACCGCCAAUACUUGCAUGAAUGGAUAUGCCAUCCUGACCAGAAUGACUGUAUUCAGGCAAGGAAGGCCUAUGAUCUGCAAAGUGAUAAUAUUUAUAAAUCUGAUUUGGAAUGGCUUCGUGGCUGUGGUUGGAUUCCUCUGGAUUCAGUGGAACAUAAGAAAGUUAAGAAUGCACAAGAACUGGUAAAUAAGAGAGCAUACACGAAAGAAGCCCUUGAUAACUUUUCCAAUUAUACCAGUGUGGUUGACACUCCCGACAUUGUUUUGGCAAAGAUUAACUCUGUCAAUCAGAGUGAUCUAAAAUACAAAGAAACAUUUAACCUUGAGAAAGGCCAGUAUAUUGGGUCUGAUGAUACUCCUGCGCUGAACCAUGCCAAAGACAUGUCCUUACUAUACAGUGAUAAACUUUAUAAAAAUGCUUGGGAAAUUAGCAAGCCCAUUGGGUAUACUUUGGAUGAGAAAUAUAUUCCACUUGUGGGAGCGAAGCAUGCAAACUACAUAAACAGUGAGCUUAAAUAUAAGGAAAUAUAUGAGAAGCUGAAAGGCCAUUACCUGGCUGGGAAGGAGAUUGGUGAUUUCCCCAGCGUCAUUCAUUCGCUAGCAUUCCAGAAAAUAAGGAGUGCGUUGGCAUACAGAAAGAGUUAUGAAGACACCAAAGCAAAUGUCCAUAUUCCAAGUGACAUGAUGAAUCAUGUGCUAGCCAAGAAGUGCCAGUAUAUCCUCAGUGACCUUGAAUACCGAACUUACCUCCAUCAGUGGAAUUGUUCACCUGAAGAAAAUGAUGUUAUUCAAGCCAAAAAAGCCCAGGAAAUUUUGAGUGAUGUGGUGUAUAAAGAUGACUUAAAUUGGCUUAAGGGACUUGGAUGUUAUGUCUGGGAUACUCCACAAAUCCUGCAUGCUAAAAAAUCGUAUGACCUCCAGAGCCAAAUAAAAUAUACAGCAGCAGGAAAAGAGAACUUUCAGAACUUUGGUGUUGUUACUGACACACCUCUCUAUGUGACUGCAGUGCAGAGUGGUGUAAAUGCUAGUGAUGUGAAAUACAAGCUAGAUUACCACAAAACUAAGGACAAGUAUACAACUGUGACUGAAACAGUGGAUUCUGAAAGAGUUCAAAAUUUGAAACAUCUCUUUAGCAAUAAUAUCUACAAGAAAGCCUGGGAAAAAGUGAAAGCUACUGGCUAUAUGAUGCCCUCUGAUGCUGUAUCCCUAGCACGUGCAAAAGAACUGAAGCAUAAUGCUAGUACUGUAAAAUACCGAGAAGAAUAUGACAAGUUUAAAGCACUGUACACGCUACCCAGAGGUGUUGAGGAUGAUCCCAAUACAGCAAGGUGCCUUAGAGUUGGAAAGUUUAAUAUUGAUCGUCUGUACAAGGAAGUCUAUGAAAAGAAUAAAGCCAAAGUCCACAUUAUUCCAGACAUGGUGGACAUAAUUUCUGCUAAGGAUGCACAGAAGAAAGUCAGUGAAAUCGAUUACCGCACACAUCUCCAUGAAUGGAUCUGUCUACCAGAUCUUCAAAUCAAUGCCCAUGUUCGAAAAGUAACUGAUCAACUCAGUGAUGUGGUAUACAAGGAUGAUCUUAACUGGCUGAAGGGCAUUGGCUGCUUUGUUUGGGACACUCCUGAAAUUCUCCAUGCCAAACAUGCCUACGAUCUUCGCAGUGAUAUUAAGUACAAAUCUAAGGCAGAAAAGAUGAAGAAUGACUACACUGUGGUCAUGGACACUCCUGUCUAUGUCCAGAAUGUCCUCAGUGGCUUGAAUUUAAGUGAAGCUGUCUAUCGUGGUGCAUAUAUGCACAAUGUUAAAGGCAAAAUUAUUCCUACUGAUAAAACAGUAGAUUUGGAGCGGGCAUAUCAUGCGAACAAAAUACAGAGUGAAAAUUUGUAUCGCUGGGCUGGUGUGAAUGCUCUACCUACUGGAUACAGCCUUCCCACAGAUACCCCCAGCUUUCAGCAUGCUAAACACGUCCAAUACAUUGGCAGUGAUCUGAAAUAUAAAGAAGCCUAUGAACACAUGAAAGCUAAAGGCUAUACUCUGGGACCUAAAGAUGUUGGGUUUGAAAAUGUGAAGAAAGUGAAUCAAGUCAUUAAUGAGAGGUUGUAUCGGGCAACAUACCACAAGUACAAGGACAAGAUUCAUACCACUCCAGACACACCAGAAAUCCGUCAAGUCAGAGCAACACAGGAAGCUGUCAGUGAUCUGAUCUACAAGUCAGAUUGGUUUAAGAUGCAGGGACAUUUGAUUUCCUUGCCAUACACUCCUCAGGUGUUGCACUGCCGCUAUGUUGGGGAUAUCACAAGUGAUAAUAAAUACAAACAGGACCUGAAGUGGUUGAAGGGCUUGGGUUGCUUCCUGUAUGAUACUCCUGAUAUGGUCCGUGCUCGUCAGCUGCGUAAGCUUUGGUCGAAUUAUAUAUACACUGGUACCGCAAAGAAGAUGUGGGCUAAAUACAAUGUGGUAUUGGAUACUCCUGGAUACAGAACAGUUCAGGAACUGAAAACCCAUUUGAGUGAACUGGUUUACAGAGCUGCAGGCAAGGAACUGAAGACAAAAUACACUUCCAUCCUUGAUACACCUGACUUCUUAAGAGCCAAGCAAGGACAAAAAAUACAGAGCCAGUACUUGUACGUGGAACUUGCCACAAAAGAGAGACCCCAUCAUCAUGCUGGUGGUCAGACUCCAGCCUUUACACAUGCUAGGCAUGUAAAGGACAUGGUCAGUGAGAAAAAGUAUAAAACCCAGUAUGAGAAGAUGAAGGACAAAUACACUCCUGUCCCUGACACACCAGUCUUGAUCAGAGCCAAGAGAGCAUACCUGAAUGCCAGUGAUUUGCGCUACAAAGAAACCUUUGAGAAUACUAAGGGCAAGUACCACACAGUGAAAGAUGCUUUGAAUAUUGUCUAUCAUCGAAAGGUUACCGAUGAUAUUAGCAGUGUGAAAUAUAAGGAAAAUUAUAUGAGCCAGUUAGGAAUCUGGAGAUCAAUCCCAGACCGUCCAGAGCAUUACCAUCAUCGCGCAGUCACGGAUGCUAUUAGUGAUGUUAAAUACAAGGAAGACUUAUCAUGGCUCAGAGGCACUGGCUGUUAUGCAUGGGAUACUCCAAGUUUUGCUCUGGCAGAAAAGAAUAAGGUGCUCUACAGUGGGUGUAAGUACAAGGAGAUAUUUGAGAAGACUAAGUCUCAUUUUAAGUAUGUAGCUGACUCUCCAAUUAACAAGCAUUUUAAACAUGCAACUCAGUUGGUGGCUGGGAAAAAAUAUAAAUCCUUUGCCAAGAUGCUCCUGCAACAUGGAUGUAAUGAAAUUCUGAGGCCAGAUAUGCUGACAGCACUCUACAACACAUACUUAUGGAGCCAGGUUGAAUACAAAAAGGACUAUGAAAAGAAGAAAGACAAGUAUACUAUGGUUGUGGAUACUCCAGAACAUUUAAGGACUACAAAAGUCAACAAACAGAUUAGUGAUAUUAUUUACAAGUUGGAAUAUAACAAAGCGAAGCCUAAAGGCUAUACUACAAUCCAUGAUACACCUAUGUUAUUGCAUGUGCGCAAGGUCAAGGACAGAAUAAGUGAUCUGAAAUACAAAGAAGUGUAUGAGAGGAAUAAAUCUCACUGCAACGUCAUAGCAGAUUCAGUUCAUAUUAAGACUCCAAGGCAUGCUUACAAGCUAAACAGCAAUCUGGAUUAUAAGAAGAAAUAUGAAGCAGCCAAGGCCCGUUGGCACUGGAUUGCUGAUAGGCCUGACUUUGUUCAAGCAGCCAAGUCGUCUCUGCAACAGAGUGAUUAUGAAUACAAACUGGACCGGGAAUUCCUAAAGGGAUGCAAACUCUCUGUCACAGAUGAUAAAAACACAGUAUUGGCCUUAAAUAAUGCCAUCUUGGCGAGUGAUAUAAAAUACAAAGAGAAGCACAACAAAGCUCGAGGAACGUACCUUGUCGUUCCAGACACACCUCAGAUCCUCCUGGCUAAGAAUGUCAGCUCUCUUGUAUCUGAGAACAAAUACAAAGAACAUAGCAAGAAGCAGCUUCCACGUGGGUCUUACACAACCCUGCCAGAGACACGAGACACUGCUCAUGUGAAAGAGGUGACCAAGAAUGUCAGUGAGACAAACUAUAAAAAGAAGUUUGUGAAGGAGAAAGGCAAGUCUAAUUAUUCUGUCAUGCUGGAGCCUCCUGAAGUGAAACAUGCCAUGGAAGUUGCUAAAAAACAGAGUACAAUUGAAUACAAGAAAGAUGCCAAGUCAAAGCUCCACUACACACCUAUAGCAGAUCGACCAGAUAUUAAGAAAGCAACUCAGGCUGCCAAGUUAAUUAGUGAUAUUGAAUAUAAAAAGCGUGGAGAAGCUGGCAUUGGCGUAACCAUGCUGGGACGUCCAGAUAUUGAACUGGCAAAGGAGGUGUCCAAGCUAACUAGCCAGGCAGAAUACCUGAAACGACAUAUGAGAGGGCAUGGAGCUGCAUCUUAUGAUACCCCAUGGAUGAGAACCUUUAAGAAAGCUAAUAUGCUAAGUAGUCAUGUGAAAUACAAGGAGAAUUUUUCCAAAGAGAUGGGUAAAAAGCCAAAGUAUGAUUUAAAGGAGGCUAAAAUCUACAAGACAAUGAAAGAUGCUCACAACAUGGCUAGUGAGGUGAAAUACAAGGUGGAUUUAAAGAAACUUCAUAAGCCUGUCACAGACAUGUCUGAAUCGCUGAUCAUGAACCAUGUCCUGAGCACAAGCCAACUUGCCAGCGCUUACCAGUACAAGAAGCAAUAUGAGAAGAGUAAGGGUCACUACCAUGUGGUGCCAGAUAAUCUUGAGCAGGUUCAUCUAAGGGAGGCAUCAGAACUACAGAGCCACGUGAAAUACAGAGAAAAGUAUGAGAAGGAGAAAGGAAAACCUAUGUUGGACUUUGAAACUCCAACAUACCUUACUGCAAAGGAAUCUCAGCUCAUGCAGAGUGAGAAAGAAUAUAAGAAGGACUUUGAAGAGUCCAUUAAGGGCAGAAACCUUACUGGCUUGGAGAUUACACCAUCCUUAUUACAUGUCAAAUAUGCAACCAAAAUAGCAAGCGAGAAAGAGUAUAGGAAGGAUCUGGAGGAAGGUGUCAAAGGUAAAGGACUAACAGCUUUAGAGGAGACUCCAGACAUGUUAAGAGCGAAGAAUGCAACUCAAAUCCUGAACGAGAAAGAGUAUAAAAAAGCCUUGGAAUUAGAAAUCAGAGGAAAAGGUCUGACAGAACUGGCUUUGGAGACACCAGAUUUUGUGAGAGCAAAGAAUGCCACUGAUAUUGCCAGCCAGAUCAAAUACAAACAAUUGGCAGAAAUGGAGAAAGCCAACUACACCAGCGUUGUUGAUACUCCGGAGAUUAUUCAUGCCCAGCAGGUCAAGAACCUUUCAAGCCAGAAAAAGUAUAAGGAAGAUGCAGAAAGGACCAUGCCAUACUAUGUGCCUGUAGCAGACACACCAGAAAUGCAGAGAGUCCGUGAGAAUCAAAAGAACUUUAGCACACUUCAGUAUCAGUGGGACCUACAGAACAGUAAAGGAAAAGUUACAGUUGUACAAGACACACCAGAAAUGCUGCGUGUGAAAGAAAACCAGAAGAAUUUCAGCUCGAUUUUAUAUAAAGAAGAUGUUGGAACUGGAACUACUAUUGAAAAGACACCAGAGAUGCAGAGAGUUAAACAAACCCAGGAUGCAAUUAGCUCGAUUAAAUACAAGGAGAAUAUUGGAAAAGGAACUCCAAUUCCUGAUCUCCCAGAAGUGAAACGUGUCAAGGAGACACAGAAGCACAUCAGUUCGGUAUUGUACAAAGAGGACCUAGGGACAGGUAUCCCAACACCUGUCACUCCAGAAAUAGAGAGAGUCAAACGCAAUCAAGAACACAUUAGCUCGGUGUUGUACAAAGAGGGGCUGGGGAUUGGAACCCCAGUACCUGUAACUCCUGAGAUGGAGAGGGUCAAACGCAAUCAAGAAAAUUUUAGCUCGGUGUUAUACAAAGAGGAUCUGGGGACAGGAACCCCAACACCUGUCACUCCUGAGAUUGAAAGAGUCAAACGCAAUCAAGAAAACUUUAGCUCGGUGUUGUACAAAGAGAGCGUGGGGACUGGAACCCCCACUCCUAUCACUCCAGAGAUGGAGAGGGUCAAACGCAAUCAAGAAAUCUGUAGCUCGGUGUUGUAUAAAGAAAACAUAGGGAAAGCAACCCCAACACCUGUCACUCCUGAGAUGGAAAGAGUCAAACGCAAUCAAGAAAUCAUUAGCUCGGUUUUGUACAAAGAAAAUGUGGGGAAAGUGACCCCAACACCAAUCACUCCAGAGAUGGAGAGAGCCAAACGCAAUCAAGAAAUCAUUAGCUCGGUUGUAUACAAAGAAGGCUUAGGGAAGGCAACCCCCACACCGGUCACUCCAGAGAUGGAGAGAGUCAAACGCAAUCAAGAACACAUUAGCUCGGUUUUGUACAAGGAACACCUGGCAAAAGGAACUCCAACACCAAUGACUCCAGAGAUGGAGAGAGCUAAACGCAAUCAAGAAAACAUCAGCUCGGUUCUUUAUUCGGAUAGUUUCCGAAAACAAGUACAAGGCAAAGCUGCGUAUGUACUGGAUACACCUGAAAUGCGGCGUGUACGAGAGACCCAGAAACAUAUCUCUACAGUGAAAUAUCAUGAAGAUUUUGAGAAGAGCAAAGGUAGUUUCACACCUGUAGUUACCGACCCCAUUACAGAACGUGUGAAAAAGAACAUGCAGGACUUCAGUGACAUUAGCUACAGGGGCAUUCAAAGGCGAGUAGUAGAAAUGGAGCGAAAGCGCGUGGACCAGGAUCAAGAGAAUCUCACAGGUCUUCGUGUGUGGCGCACUAAUCCCGGGUCAGUCUUUGACUACGACCCAGCAGAAGACAAUAUUCAGUCCCGAAGCUUACAUAUGAUCUCUGUCCAAGCCCAGCGCCGUAGCCGGGAGCACUCCCGCUCUGCCAGUGCCUUGAGCCUCAGUGGUGGCGAUGAAAAAUCCGAGCCCUCAGACGGCGUAGAUCAACAUUUAUCCUACUACAGCAACGCGGGCUUCUUCACCACAACUGCAACAGUGGGCUACAAGCAUGCUAAAACUAUAGAGUUACCACAACAACGCUCAUCGUCAGUUGCCACCCAGCAAACAACGGUAUCAUCGGUUCCUUCUCACCCAUCUACUGCUGGCAAGACCUACCGGGCCAUGUAUGACUACAUGGCAGCUGAUGCCGAUGAGGUUUCCUUCAAAGAUGGUGACACAAUCGUAAACGUACAAGCAAUUGAUGAAGGCUGGAUGUAUGGGACUGUCCAGAGAACCGGCAAGACUGGCAUGCUCCCAGCCAACUAUGUAGAAGCUGUCUAAACCAAAGCACGUCUUUCCAUAAAGCAUAUCUGCAUGGCACAGACAUGCUGGUGCUUCUCAACAUGUAAGCCUUAGAAAAGGGUUUGUAACACUUCUUCCAAAGUGCCUUAUUGUCUUCCAUGGUGAUAGUGCCUUAUGAACCACGAUGUUAAAAAAAAAAAAGUAACUGCAGAGCAAAACACUCAGAAACAUCCUUUCAAAACAUGAAACAAGCUCAUGAAAACUAUUUCUUCCAGUGUCUCAAAAAAAAAGUUUUUAAACAUUGCCUGGACUUUCAAACAUUUCAACACUGCAUACCACCACAAUGUUUAACUAUGCUAGAACUACAAUCCAGUUUGGCAUCUCUGAAAUUCUAUACAUGUACUUAAGACUAAGACUACGACGUAUUACUUUAUUCAUUCUCCCACAAAGACAGCAUUUUUCUGGGCUAUUCUAAAAUGUUUGAAUGUAUUCACUUCUCUUCCAUAUAAGCAACAUUUAAGCUUAGUAUCUCAAACCAAUGUUUAGCUGGGAGGGGGAAACAAACCCAAACACCUCUCCUCCUGCUUGCCAAGCUCUUAUGCAUGUGUUUUUCAUGCAACUGUUCUGGGGUCAAAAGCUGUUAUUACUUGUAAAUUAGUGACUAAAUAAAGCUAAUGUUUCUGCA